AUGCCUCACGUCACCCAGCCACCCGCGUCCUUCCAGCUCAACACGGGCGCGUCGAUCCCGUCUGUCGGCCUCGGCACGUGGCAGGCCAAGCCGGGCGAGGUCGCGAGCGCCGUCGAGCACGCCCUCAAGUCGGGCUACCGUCACCUCGACUGCGCGCUCAUCUACCAGAACGAGCAAGAAGUCGGCGCUGGCAUCAAGGCGUCGAGCGUGCCGAGGUCCGAGAUCUUUAUCACGUCGAAGCUGUGGAACACGUACCACGACAAGGUCGAGCAAUGCCUCGACGAGUCGCUCGCAUCGCUCGGCGUCGACUACCUCGACCUGUACCUCAUCCACUGGCCCGUGCGGCUCGUCCCGAACGAGUCGUCGGCGCUCCUCCCCGUCAACCCGGACGGCUCUCGCGCCGUCGACCGCGACUGGGACAUGAGCAAGACGUGGGCGAGCAUGGAGGCCCUGCUCAAGACGGGCAAGGUCAAGGCGGUUGGCGUCUCGAACUGGAGCGUCGCGUACCUCGAGAAGCUCGAGAAGACGUGGACGGUCGUCCCUGCCGUCAACCAGGUCGAGCUCCACCCGUUCAACCCGCAGCACAAGCUCAAGGCCUGGUGCGACAAGCGCGGCAUCCUCCUCGAGGCCUACUGCCCUCUCGGCUCGACCAACUCGCCCCUCCUGUCCGACCCGGAGCUGAACGCCAUCGCCGACAAGCACGGCGUCUCGCCCGCGACCGUCCUCAUCUCGUACCAGCCUCAACGCGGCUGCGUCGUGCUCCCCAAGUCGGUGAGCGCAGCACGCAUCGAGGCCAACCUUCACCUCAUCACGCUCGACGCCGACGACAUGGACACGCUCGACGGCAUGGCCGCCAAGGGCAAGCAGCAGCGCGUCAACACGCCGCUCUUUGGGUGGGACCUCGGGUUCGAGGAUUGGUAUCCUGCGCAGGCCAAGGCGAUGCUGGCCAAUGGCGGGUACCUUUAG